UCAACGUGGCGACGGGCGCCCAUUGCAGAAAGAACACCCGAAGACCUUCCCAACAUGGCGAGCCUCCCCCCGCCCUCCUCAACAUGGCGCCGCCUUCUCUUCCGAGCGCCUAGCGCCCUUCCCAUCAUGGCGGCCGCACAGCCCGCUCGGAUCGGGGACGCUUUUGCGAGCCGACCUUCCCAAAAUGGCGCCCGUUCGUCUUCUCCCACCCACAACCCAACUACGCGCCCCUCUUUCCGACCCACGCCGCCAGCUCUCCAGGCCUAUUAAAAGCCUCGCCCCGUCUUCCCUCGGUCGUUUCUCUAUCGGCGUGAGGAGGAUUAAAGCACAGAAAACCCAACCAAAGCCUCGUUGCCCUUCCCAUCAUGGCGGCGCGGCGGCUCCCCUCACGCCGUGCGUCCUCCCUCCCCCCUCCCCUCCGGCCUGGUGCUGCUCCUGCCACCACCGCCCGACUCGAGUGCCGCCCGAGCUAGGCCCGUUCUGAGGCGCCCGCCUUCCCGGCUUUAUUUCCCCCCCUUUGGCUCCCGCCAUCGCGGCAGCGGCUCCUCAGCCGUGAGGUGGCGAGGCCUCCUCUCAGCCUAGGCCGCGCCUGUUCCCCUCAGCCGAGCCCGAGGAGGGGCGCGCGCCCGCUCCCCUCCUCCUCCCUCCUUCCCUCGCUCCCGCGUGUGCGGGUCUCCCGCGCCCAGUCGCAGCAGCCUCCUCCGCCGCCACAUCCCGCCGCCGCCGCCGCCGCCCUCCUCCUCCUCCUGCCUGCCUGCCUGCCUGGCUUCUCCUUCUUCCUCCACGGCGCAGGCCCGCCGCAGCGCAGCCGCUCUGAGCAGUAGCUACCGAUGGAGGAACACACGGUGACGCAGACGGAGCACAUGGCCACCAUCGAGGCCCAUGCGGUGGCCCAACAGGUGCAGCAGGUCCACGUGGCCACGUACACGGAGCACAGCAUGCUCAGUGCGGACGAAGACUCGCCCUCUUCCCCCGAGGACACUUCCUACGACGACUCGGACAUCCUCAACUCCACGGCUACUGAUGAGGUGACCGCCCACCUGGCCGCUGCAGGCCCUGUGGGAAUGGCCGCUGCCGCUGCCGUGGCGACGGGCAAGAAAAGGAAACGCCCUCACGUCUUUGAGUCCAACCCGUCGAUCCGCAAGAGGCAGCAGACGCGUUUGUUACGGUAAGAGCGUCUGAACGCAAAAAACUG